UGCAUCGUUCGCGUAAUAAACAUGUGAAGGGAUGUUUCCUUGUUAACUUGCCCACUGCCGUGAGCACUUCACAGUACUCGGUGCGUUUGGGGUUUCGGAAGGAAUUCCCAGUAUUCUGUGUUUGACAACGUAUCAUUCCAAAGAGAGAAGCGCAAAGUUUCCCUACUUAAGUAAGCAUCCCGUGGCGAGUACUUUGAAAACGUGCUUGAACGCAGCACAACAAGAGCGUUGUUCCAGCCCCGUUUUAGUUUGAACACAAUCAAUGCUACUGUGAGCGUUCCCGUCGCACCGUCCUUCACUUGCAAGCGAACCAUCAUGAGGAACUACGUGCCAGACAUCAUCAUUCUGUUUAUCAUCAUCGUAACGAUUACUAUCGUACGACUAGUAUCACAAAUUCUUCAUGAAACGCUUAGCGAUGCACCGAAUCUUGUCGCACCUCCGGUUGCCGACAGUGGACCAAAGCCCGAUCUGUCCCUCAGUCAGCUUAUCGAUCAGAAAUCGAAAGAGUACUCAUGGCUCCUUCGGCUGAUGGUGAACCUGUUCGGCUAUUUCUGUAUCUUCGUACCCGGAGUGUUGAUCUACAAGUAUGCCAAACGCACCAAAUACAUGGAACGAUCGGAGCGGUCACAUCUCUCAGCACUGGUGAAGUUUUGUUACUCCGGAUCCGGCACGGAUAGCCUCGAUCGACCUCUGGAUUCGCAGUCCGGUACAACAAAAGGAGCGGCCAGUAAACGCACAACGGCCCAGGAGUGUGUGCUGCUGUGCUACUGUCUGGUGGGACUGAUGGGCUCCUACCUUACCUGGGGAGUACUGCAGGAGAAAAUUAUGACCCAGGAGUACGAAGGACCGGAGAAGCGCAAAUCACAUUUCAAGGAUUCCCAAUUUCUGGUGUUUUCCAACCGUGUUCUAGGCUUCAUGAUAACGGCCGUUUAUCUCGUGGCAAAGCGUCAAUUUCGCCACCGUGCACCGCUGUACAAGUAUUCGUACGCUUCGUUUUCCAACAUCAUGAGCGCCUGGUUCCAGUACGAGGCACUGAAAUUUGUCAACUUUCCCACGCAAGUGUUGGCCAAAUCGUGCAAAAUCAUCCCGGUAAUGAUAAUGGGGAAAAUAAUAUCGCGCAACAAGUACGAGUUCUACGAAUACCUGACCGCAGUUAUGAUCUCGGUCGGUAUGAUCUUCUUCCUGACCGGUUCGACGGACGAAUCGAAAUCGACCGCCAUGACGACGCUGACCGGUGUGCUGCUCCUAACGUUUUACAUGAUUUUCGACAGCUUCACCUCCAACUGGCAGGGCGAACUGUUCAAAUCGUACUCGAUGUCCUCCAUCCAGAUGAUGUGCGGCGUAAACCUAUUCAGCACACUGUUCACCGGUGCGUCACUCGCGAUGCAGGGCGGUUUCUACAGUUCGCUCGUGUUUGCCGUUGAUCAUCCUAAGUUUGUGAUCGACUGCAUCGUGCUGUCCAUUUCGUCCGCGAUCGGGCAACUGUUUAUCUUCUACACGAUUGCCACGUUCGGAGCGGUCGUGUUCACGAUCAUCAUGACACUGCGACAGGCCAUCGCGAUACUGCUGUCCUGUCUGAUCUAUCAGCACCGUAUUUCGUUCCUCGGGGUAAUCGGUGUGCUGAUCGUGUUUCUCGCCAUCUUCCUGCGGGUGUACUGUAACCAGCGGUUAAAAGCAAUUAAGCAACGACACCAAACUGCACCGAGCGGUGGCAGCAACAAACCACGUAUCAACGUUUAAAAUACGGCUUUUGUUGUUUCGUUUUUUUUCGGAGAGAAUAGGCAUACGGUGUGCUUAAGCAGUUAGCAGCGUCAGCGCGUUUGCAUUUUACUAAUUAAGAUUGUUCGUUCUAUUAGACAACAGACAACAUUUUAGUUCAUCCAAGAUGGAGAAAUUUCUUUCACCAGGACUCACCGCCCGGUGCUGUAGAUUAAGAUAAGAUGUAUUAUUUAUAGAAGACAUAACGCGUUAACAGUGAGGCAAAUUACGGUAGAGUGCGUAGCCAUGUAACAAAGUAAAAUGAGGUAAAAUAACGAAACCGUUCUGAUACGCUUGAAUGCUUGUUCUAACCAAAAAUGUGACGAUCGAUUGAUUGUGAAUCGUGAUCAAUAUGUUUGUGUGUAGUGUUUGGAUGGCGAUUAAUAAAU